GACAAACUCGAACUGUUCAGGGAUGCACUCCCAGUUACUGCGCGGUGGCGCAGCGGCCGCUGUCGCUGCUCGAAGAGUCCGGAUCAUCAUGGGUUCAGUUCUGGGACGAGACGGCUGGAUGUGGAGGACGCAUGAGGUCAAACUUCUCUGCACGUCCGCAGGCGACACGGUGAACAUUGGUGAGAUCACUUAUGUACUCAAAACACCACAGAACCCAGAAUUUGUUCCUCUCAAAUACCUUUCAGACUCGCUGCCACAAACUGUGAUUCAACACCUUCGAUGGAUCAUGCAGAAAGACCUUUUAGGCCAAGAUGUGUUUCUCAUUGGACCCCCAGGACCCCUGAGACGAUCCAUAGCGAUGCAGUACAUUGAGUUGACCAAGCGAGAAGUAGAAUAUGUGGCACUGUCCAGGGACACCACAGAGAAUGACCUGAAGCAACGGAGAGAGAUUCAAUCAGGGACGGCUUUCUACAUAGACCAGUGUGCGGUAAGAGCAGCAACACAAGGCCGAGUCCUGGUCCUGGAGGGGCUGGAGAAGGCAGAGCGAAACGUUCUACCUGUUCUCAACAAUCUACUGGAGAACAGAGAGAUGCAGCUGGAGGACGGACGCUUCCUGAUGUCAGCGGAGCGUUACGACAAGUUGCUGCAGGAGCAUACCAAAGGAGAGCUGGACAGCUGGAAGAUUGUUCGUGUUAGUGAGGACUUCAGAGUCAUUGCUCUAGGUCUUCCUGUUCCCAAAUACAAGGGCAACCCACUGGAUCCUCCUCUUCGCUCUCGUUUUCAAGCCAGAGAUAUCUAUUACCUUCCCUUCAAGGACCAGCUUGAGAUGCUGUAUGCAGCUGGACCGAAUGUUUCUGCAGAAAGAGUGUCCCAGCUGCUGUCACUUGCCAUGACGCUGUGCUCACAAGAAUCAUCUAGUUUGGGCCUCCCCGACUUUCCUGUGGACAACCUGAUUUCUGCACUUCAUGUUCUGAAUAUUUUCCCAAUGCUGUCCUCCCAGCAGCUAAUUCAGAGACUUUAUCCAUACAAGAGUAUUUUAGGAAAAGAUGGGCACACUGCUGUGGAAGGCGUGUUAAGUAGGUUUGAGCUUUUGGACAGCUGUCAUCGCUCAGCUCCCGGUACUGUUCUGAGUGUGUCUAUGGCAAAAGAAUUAAAAGGCCAUGCAGAUGUCACAGUCCGGGUCGCAGACGAGGACAUCACCUUCCAGGUUCCUGCUGGCAGCAAAGAGCUGUGCUCCCUCAAUAGCAGCCCCACCUUCAUUAACACACCAAGCCACUCACAGUUGCUGGCUGAGAUGAUGCAGUCGCACACGGUGAAGGACAUGUGCCUCAUAGGACCCAAGGGUUGUGGCAAAUCCGUGAUUGCGAGAAGGUUUGCGGAGAUGCUGGGUUAUAGCAUUGAAUCCAUCAUGCUCUACCAGGACAUGACAGCCAGGGACCUUCUUCAGCAGAGGUACACUCUGCCCAACGGAGACACAGCAUGGAGACCGUCUCCACUGGUCACUGCUGCCAUCGAGGGCAAACUGCUCAUCCUUGACGGCAUACACAGGGUUAACCUUGGAACACUUUCUGUGCUUUCCAGGUUGCUCCAUGAAAGGGAGCUAGAUCUUUAUGAUGGAACCAGACUGCUGAGGUGCGACAGGUACCAAACUUUGAAGGAGCAGCUGCAGCUUACUGACCAGCAGUUGAAAGAAAGGUCCAUCUUCCCUAUCCAUCCAUCGUUCAGAGUGCUAGCUCUGGCAGAGCCCCCCACUGUGGGGGUCCGUUCAGGCAGCAGUAACAGCAGAGGUCAGCAGUGGUUGGGGCCAGAGCUGCUCUCUAUGUUCCUUUACCACACCGUUGCCCCGCUGGCCAAAGCAGAGGAGAUGUUUCUCAUAGAGGGACUGACUCCGAAUGUUCCAAAAGAAGCAGCCGAGCAGUUGUUACACCUCACGCACAGUCUCCGCCGGACAAAUGACCCGACAAUGCAGUCUCUGGCCUCUUCCCUCUCAACCAGACAGCUACUUAGGAUCUGUCGCCGCCUCUCUCAGUACCCAGAGGAGAGAAUUUUUCAUGCAGUCAAUAAAGCUUGUCUCUCCAGGUUCCUGCCCAGCCUGGCUCGUGCCAGUCUUGAAAAAAGCCUCACCAGCUGCUCCAUACAAGACACAGUGGAUCCUGCUGAACACAAUCGUGAUUAUAGCUGUGUGGUGCAUGAUGGUGUGUUGAAAAUUGGUAAGGUUUCAGCUCCCGUCCACAACCCCAACCAGAGAAUAAAGGUUCCAGAUGUCCUCUUCUAUGAUAAUCCCCAGCACAUGAUGGUGAUGGAGGACAUGUUGAAAGACUUUCUUUUAGGAGAGCACCUUCUCUUGGUGGGAAACCAGGGAGUAGGAAAAAACAAAAUAGUGGACAGAUUUUUGCACCUUCUCAACAGACCCAGGGAAUACCUACAGCUCCAUAGGGAUACAACAGUCCAGAGUCUAACCCUGCAGCCUUCAGUGCAAGACGGUGUCAUUGUGUAUGAGGACUCACCCCUGGUGAAGGCGGUGAAGCUCGGACACGUGCUUGUGAUUGACGAGGCCGACAAAGCUCCCACUAAUGUCACCUGCAUCCUGAAAACCCUGGUGGAGAGCGGAGAAAUGGUCCUGGCUGAUGGGCGCAGAAUCAUCUCAGAUCCACACGAAGCAAAUGGGAGGCCCAACAUCAUCGUCAUGCACCCAGACUUCAGGAUGCUCAUCCUAGCUAACCGGCCUGGUUUUCCAUUCCUGGGCAAUGACUUUUUUGGAGCGUUAGGUGAUAUUUUUAGCUGUCAUGCUGUAGACAAUCCAAAGCCUCAGGCAGAGCUGGCCAUGCUUAAACAGUACGGUCCUGAUGUUCCUGAAGCCACUCUGCAAAAACUGGUCGCUGCCUUUGGAGAGCUAAGGUCCAUGGCAGAUCAGGGCACCAUCUCCUACCCUUACUCAACUCGAGAGGUGGUCAACAUUGUUAAACACCUCCAGAAAUUUCCCAACGAGGGUUUGGCCAAUGUGGUGCGAAACGUCUUCGACUUCGACUCGUACAACAAAGACAUGCGGGAGGUUCUGAUUGAGUCUCUGCACAAGCACGGGAUUCCCAUUGGGGCCAAGCCCACAUCUGUCAAACUGGCUAAGGAGUUACCUCUGCCUGAAGUCAGGAUGACGGGAUACUGGACCAUAAAUCAAGAUGGCAACGCUCGCCGCAAGUUGCUCUGCCCCACUGAGACACAUUCUAUAGACAUUAAGGGCCCUGCGUUUCUGCGUGUCCAGAGAUAUCCCUGCAAUAAGAAGGAAAGCAGGGCAUUGAGUUUUACCGAGGAGAAAGCUCAUUGGCAGAUCCCCAUGAAUGAAGUUAACAUCGUCUGUGAUGUCAUUAGCACAAAUGGUACUGAAAGAAACAUGCUGUAUGUGGCCAUGUGUAACCCGGUGUGCCUGUACUCCAUGAAGGAAGGUGGAGAGACGAUUCAUUGUAUGGAGCUCUAUGAUGUCUUCCCCAAGACUAUCAGUGGUGUCUGGCAGCCAUUUGUUACCAUUGCUCCACUUGGGAGUCCUCUAGAUGGCCAGGUGGUGCUGCAUGAGGAACAGAGUAACACAGUGCUCCAUUUGGACUUGGCAACAGGUGCCGUGCGGAGGCUUAUGUUAUCUCCAGACUGUGAUCAAGCUCCUGCCAGAGCCUCAAACUGGUGGUCCAAUAAUGAACAACAGGUAGGCCAUAGGAUGUGUCGGGAAUUUGCCCAUAAAAACUGGCUUCUCUUCUAUAAGGAGAAUGGCAACCAGCUGGAGGUGCUGGAUGUGUUAGAGGGACGGGUUCAUUCCAUUUUCCUUCCAAUCAACUUGAAAUCUGUAUUCCUGGUGGCAGAGGACCGCUGGCUAUUGGUAGAGGCCACCACUAACAAGAAGUUUCUUUUGACCAAGCCCAUGCACAUGGCUGCUGAAGAUACUGGAGUGUGUCAACUUCACAGUAUCAGUGAGGACACAGUAAGCUCAGGUCAUGGAUCAAGCUCAGCUGAGAUUUCUAUACCUCAUAUGGUGUCAAGUGAGCAGCUACCCAAUGAAAACCUCAGUGUUGCUCUGGACCAGAAGAUUGUUUCCCCAAAUCGUGUGCUUGCUGACAACAGCUCUUUGGCACAAGUCAUCGUGGGUUUCCCAGACCUUAUGUCACCUAACGAGGUGUACAGCUUCAGGAGGCCUGUUGAGCUGUCAUCCAUGAAGAGCAGCCAGGGUGGGUCUCAGUCAUUCUUUAGAAGUGGGUCUCAGAGCGGAGCCGUCAAAAGGAAGAACUGUGUCUCUCUGCUCUCCGCCAAUCAGGUAGUCCGAGCUAUUCCCUCUACAAAGGUGCCUCUGAAUGACAUAUACCCCAAAGAUGUCACUCCUCCUAUUACAUCAGCAUACCUGGAAGUGACCGACCUCACAUCCAAAAAGCUCAAAUACAUUCCAGUCCCAAGGUCAAAGACUGUGUCGCCCUACACCAACUGGUUGUCCAAGGUGUCAGAGUGUGACGUGCUGGUAGCUGCUUUUGGUUCUGGUAGUGUGGUCACAGUUGAUAUGGGUGGCUACAUCCGGCUGUGGGAGACUGGUCUGGACACCCUGCAGCGGUCACUGAUGGAGUGGAGGAACAUGAUUGGAGCAGAGGAUGGCAGACCCAUACAGAUCACAAUUCAGAGGGACAGUGACCUGGAUGUAUCAACCCCAAAACAUGGCAAGAUUGAUCCACACAACGCUCCUCACGUUGGGGGAAACCAGUGGGCAGGAGGCACAGGUGGCAGAGACACUGCAGGACUGGGAGGGAAAGGGGGCCCCUAUCGCCUUGAUAGUGGCCACAAAGUUUACCAGGUUUCCCAGGCGGAGAAGGAUGCUGUUCCAGAAGAAGUGCGCAGAGCUGCUCGGGAGAUGUCUGAAAAGGCCUUUAAACAAAGAUUAAAGGAGAUCAACAUGAGUGAAUAUGAUGCUUCUACGUAUGAGCGGUUUUCUAAUGCAGUGAGGAGACAAGUUCAGUCUCUUCGCAUCAUCUUGGACAACUUGCAGGCUAAAGGGAAGGAGAGGCAAUGGAUAAAGAACCAAGCUAUGGGAGAACUGGAUGAUGCUAAAAUAAUUGAUGGACUAACUGGAGAGAAGGCCAUUUAUAAACGCAGGGGAGAGCUAGACCCAGAGCUUGGAAGUCCACAGCAGAAACCGAAGCGUUUGCGGGUGUUGGCUGAUGUGUCAGGAAGCAUGUACCGCUUUAAUGGCGUGGACGGCAGGCUGGAGCGCUCAAUGGAGGCUGUGUGUAUGGUCAUGGAGGCUCUGGAGAGCUAUGAGGAUAAGUUUAAGUACGACAUAGUUGGCCACUCAGGCGAUGGUUACGACAUCGAGCUGGUCACAGCAGACACAGUGCCCAAGAAUAACAAGCAGAGACUCAAAGUCCUCAAGACCAUGCAUGCCCACGCUCAGUUCUGCAUGAGUGGUGACUACACUCUGGAGGCAACACAAGCCAGCAUCAAGGAGAUUACACAAGAGGAGGCUGACGAGCAUUUUGUGAUUGUUCUGAGCGAUGCAAACUUGGAGCGAUAUGGAAUCCGUCCUGAGCGCUUUGCCCAGGUUUUGACAUCUGAUCCACAGGUCAACGCCUUUGCCAUUUUUAUUGGCUCCCUCGGUGAUCAGGCUGAAAGACUCCAACGAACCCUUCCAGCAGGAAGAUCUUUUGUUGCCAUGGAUACCAAACAGAUCCCUCAAAUACUGCAACAGAUCUUCACAUCCACAGUGCUCUCCAGUGCCUGAUACAAUCACGUGUCUGGCACCUACUAACAGAAUCAAAAACUCUUAACCCAUUC